AUGCUGUGUUUACAGCAGGCCACUGAUGCUGAUGUUGGAAUUGACCGCGUCCCUUCCAUCACAGUGAAGGUUACACUGCAGAACCGAGUGGUGCUGCAGAAAGCCAGAUUGUCAGUCUACGUGCAGCCACCACUGGUGUUGACUUGCGAUCACUUCACCUUUGACUUCAUGGCACCAGAGAUGACUAGCACUGUGACCUUUUCGGUUUAUCUGAAGAGAAGUUAUAUGCCAUCCAAAUUGGAAGGAAAUGCUGUUGUUUCUUAUUCUAGACCAACAGAUCGAAAUCCUGAUGGUAUUCCUCGAGUUAUCCAAUGUAAAUUUAGACUCCCCUUGAAAUUAGUCUGUCUACCUGGUCAGCCUUCAAAAACUGCAAACCACAAACUAACCAUUGAUACCAACAAAUCUCCAGUCAGCCUUCUCAGUCUCUUCCCAGGCUUUGCCGGCCAGCCAGACGACGACCAGCCAACUGUGAUGGGCUUCCACUUCUUGGGAGGCUCCCGAGUUACUCUCCUGGCUUCCAGAACCUCCCAACGAUAUCGCAUUCAAAGUGAACAAUUUGAAGAUCUUUGGCUCAUAACAAAUGAGCUUAUCAUCCGCCUUCAGGAAUAUUUUGAAAAACAGGGAAUCAAAGAUUUUUCAUGUUCUUUUUCUGGAUCUAUGCCCCUUCAGGAAUAUUUUGAGUUGAUUGAUCAUCAUUUUGAGCUGCGGAUAAAUGGUGAAAAAUUAGAAGAACUAUUGUCUGAAAGAGCUGUACAGUUCAGAGCCAUCCAACGCCGGCUACUAACAAGGUUCAAAGAUAAAACACCCGCUCCCCUCCAACAUCUGGACACUUUGUUGGAUGGAACUUACAAGCAGGCUCCAACUGAGAAUUAGUGAAGUACGCAAGAGGGCUAGGAGCAAUUGCUCUAUGAAGAAUACCGAGUCACGUACAGAAAUGAAGUUUGUAUUCCUUCAGAGACAAUGAGCACAUCUAAAGACUGUAA